AUGAAAUACGAUUUAUCAUCUAUGAUUCCAAAAAAAUUAUCAAUAGAAAAAAAAUUAUUUAACUGGCAAGAUCAACAACAACCAAAGUCAAAUAUUAAACAUCCUACUGAUUCAGCUUUUUCAUCGACAAGAAACAUUAUAGUUCUAUCGAUUGGUACAAUUUUUUUAUCAGCAAUUAUAGCAUUUUUAGCUGUGUUGUAUUGGCGAUCGAAACAACGCCGGUCAUUGAUCAAUACAUGUGAACCAUCGGAAUCGACGCCGUUUUCAUCGAUUAGCAUUGAACCGGCAACACCAAAGGAAAUCAUACACUAUCCCAAUGUACCUAAGCCAGUUGACUUAAAUCUAUCAGAUGCCAACGAAAAUGCAUAUUCAAAAAUCAAUACAACGAAAAACAAUCCUGCUGCCAAUCUUCUAAAAAGGAGAGGUAAUAUCACUCCAUUAACAAUCUCCGUUAAUCCAAAAGUUCGUCCACUGAAUAGCCCACCGACGGAUUGUUCUCCCGAUGAAUAUUUAAAAGUGGCAUCACGAAAAUUAACCAUCGAUGAGUUGUGCCAACAUGCGAAAGAUACUUACUCACUUUAUCAAGAAUUUUGGGCAACACCAACAAAUCAUACUGAAAAAAUACGUAUUUAUGGUUCCGGUACAAAAAAUCGUUAUUGUACAAUUAUAGCAAAUGAACAUUCCCGAGUAAAACUACCAGAGCAGCUCGAUGACCCGGCUGCAUCUUAUAUCAAUGCAAAUUAUAUUUCUGGUUGGCCAAAUGAAUCUCAAGCAUUUAUAGCUACUCAAGGUCCUCUUUCAAAUACAAUCGUUGAUUUCUAUCGACUGAUAUGGCAAGAAUACGUACCUGUGAUUGUGAUGAUUACUCGUUUAGUUGAAAAAAAUAAAUCAAAAUGUGAAAGAUAUAUUCCAGAUUCUCAAACUAAUCAAUAUGGCCCAUUUUAUGUUGAAGUUCAAUCAAUUAUAUAUCAAAAUGAUUAUGAAAUACGACGUUUAACGAUCGAAUACGAAAAUGAACAACGCCAACUUGAUCAUUAUUGGUAUACAGCGUGGCCGGAUCAAUCAUGUCCGAAUGUUGCACAACCAUUAAUUGAGCUUGUACAUAGUGUUGAACGAGAUCGAGUUGAAUUAUCCAACAUCAAUAAAAAAUCUGGUCCUGUUGUCGUUCAUUGCAGUGCUGGUAUUGGUCGUACUGGUUGUUUUAUUGCACUAAGUAAUGGCAUAAGACAAUUGAGAAAAGAACGUGCAGUCGAUGUUCUUCGUAUUCUUUGUAAUUUACGACGAGAUCGUGGUGGGAUGAUUCAAACCAAUGAUCAGUAUCAUUUUGUUUAUCUGACAUUAAGUGAAUAUGCACGAACGUUAGAAUAA